AUGGCUCAACCUGCUCAGAAGAAACAAAAACUUUCCUCUUUGGACCAAUUGAAGGCUAGUGGUACUGUUGUGGUUGCCGACACUGGUGAUUUUGAAUCCAUCGCUAAGUUUACUCCUCAGGAUUCUACCACUAACCCUUCUUUGAUCUUGGCUGCCGCCAAGAAGGAGGGCUACGCCAAGUUGAUCGAUGUCGCUGUCGCGUACGGUAAGGAGCACGGCAAGACCACCGAGGAGAAGGUCGAAAACGCCGUCGACAGACUCUUGGUCGAGUUCGGUAAGGAGAUCCUGAAGAUCGUUCCAGGUAGAGUGUCGACCGAGGUUGACGCCAGAUUGUCGUUCGACAAGGAGGCUACCGUGAAAAAGGCGUUGCACAUCAUCGAUCUUUACAAGUCUGUCGGUAUCGACAAGGAAAGAGUGCUGAUCAAGAUCGCUUCCACUUGGGAAGGUAUUCAAGCCGCUCAGGAGUUGGAAAAGGAACACGGCAUCCACGUCAACUUAACGUUGUUGUUCUCCUUCCCUCAAGCCGUUGCUGCUGCCGAGGCUAACGUCACGUUGAUCUCUCCAUUCGUUGGUAGAAUCAUGGACUUUUUCAAGGCCAAGACCGGAAAGACUUACUCUGGCGAAGAGGACCCAGGUGUUAAGUCUGUGAGAAGAAUCUACAACUACUACAAGAAGCACGGUUACAAGACCAUCGUCAUGGGUGCCUCUUUCAGAAACACCGCGGAAAUCAGAGCCUUGGCCGGUGUCGACUUUUUGACUAUCUCUCCAAACCUCUUGGAUGAAUUGUACAACAGCACCGAGGCGGUUCCAAAGGUCUUGGAUCCCGAAUCCGCAAAGGAACAAGGCGAGGACAAGGUUUCCUUCAUCAACAACGAGUCCGCCUUCAGAUUCGAAUUGAACGAGGACGACAUGGCCACCGAAAAGUUGGCUGACGGUAUCAGAAAGUUCUCUGCCGACAUUGUCACCUUGUUCGACUUGAUCGAAAAGAAGAUCGUCGCCUGA